AUGUUUCAUAUUGUAGUGAUGCUAGCUUUGAUUGCAGUGAUCUCUGUCACAUUAACGCAAGCUACAAACAACUAUCCAAUCAUUUUGGUCAGUGGAUUCACUGGUUGGAGUCGUGACGAGCUACUAGGCUUUAAAUAUUGGGGAGGCAUUCAAGGAGACUUUCAAGAAGACCUUAAAGCUAAAGGGUUUACUGUAUACACUUCGGCAAUCGGCCCAUUUGCCAGCAACUGGGACCGUGCCUGUGAGCUCUACGCAAACAUUAAAGGCGGUCAAGUCGACUAUGGCCAAAACCAUUCGUCUACGCACAACCACCUUCGCUAUGGGCGUAACUACACGGGACUCUAUCCGCAGUGGGGUACAAUCGGCGCAGACGGUUCCAUUCGUAAAGUACACCUAAUAGGACACAGUUUAGGUGGUCAGACAAUCCGAAUGCUUGCUCAAAUGCUAGAGCACGGCACGGCAGGCGCUCCUAUUCCGGAAGAUCCAUCGUCACAUCCAUUGUUUGCAGGAGGUAAAAGCUGGGUCCAUUCUAUCACGACCAUUUCUUCACCCAAUCAAGGAACCACUUUGGGCGAUGGCAUCUCCGAAAUUGGAAAUACUGUCAAAAAUCUUCUUGCUGGUAUCUUGAAUAUCGUGGGUAUUCUCGGAGACAGUGCAAAGAUGGUGUACGACGCCAAGCUGGAUCAAUGGGGAAUAACCACAAAAAGGAUUGGCGAAUCUAUUCCAGCAUACCUUGACCGUGUCUUUUCAAGCCCAAUCUUCGAUCCUGGAUUUAAAGAUAUUUGUCUCUGGAGUGUAUCUACGGGUGGUGCCAAGGAGGAUGCGACGUGGGUUACCACACUCAGUUCUGUGUACUACUAUAGUUAUAGCAACGUCGACACAUUCGACACGCGUGACUUACACUUCCGCAAGGUUUCGCGGCCGAACCCUUUGACAAUGUUGCUUCCGUUAAAUCCGCUAGGUACAUUUAUAGGCGGGCGAUAUACGACCGACAGACUCGGACUCGCAACAACCUGGCAGCCUAAUGACGGAGUCUGUAACACGAUAUCGAUGGGCUCCGACGGUGUAGGACCCGCUGUCACCUUUACAGGUUCAUCGGAACUCGGCAAAUGGAACAAAUUGCGGCUACUUAAUCGACUGGACCACAUUGCAAUCGUUGGGAUUACCCUCCAUACGCAAGUACUAAAUUUAUAUUCAAGUCAUGCAGCUGUAUUGUAUGCUUUGCCUACAAUCUCAAAGUCUCGCCGAUUGGCAGACGCUUCAAAUGCUGCAGUAAACCUUCAAAACGCCAUUUCGGAUCUCUCUGUUGCAACCUCGAGCUUACAAACGAUUGAUGAUCUCAAAAACUUAUGUCAAGAUCCAAAGAACUUGUACGCACAGAGCUACUGCAAUAAGACGCUCGAAGUUGCCUCUACACGAUAA